UUUCCUUCUCACCUUGACUGUCAUCCCGUUAUCUCUCAGCGCUAAGUAUGCGCCUUUUGUAUUAUGACCAUCACCAAUCCAACCCAAUUAAUAGACGAGUUCAAAAAAUCGGGCGAAUUUGACCGUCUGAGACGUGAUCUCCUGUCACAUUUCCAGCGCAGUGACCGCACAGAGGCCUUUAAAUCUCGGGUUGAUGAUAUAGCCCGACAACGGCUGUCUUCUGACCCAAAACUGAUAUCUAUGCCCAAUGAUGCUGUCCAGCGUGAAUUAUUAGGGGAAAUCGACCGCUAUCCUAUUGUUGAGCGAGCGAUAGCUGACGCCCCUUUAUUAUCGGACCCAUCAUUCAUCGCUGGCAUUCGUGCUUCACUGGAACGUACCAUGUCGGCAGGCAGGGGCGAAAAGAGCAAUGCUACUCCAAGCCAAUCGACGCCAAACCUGCAACCAUGUGAUUCGGGCAAUCCCGAAUUCAAUCCAGCUAUUUCCCAGCCCAAUGGCGCUCUGACGCCUUCUUCGGCGAUUCAGAAAGAGUGAAUUUGACCAUUGCGCCCCUGGAAUCUCUAUACAUUGUCUGACUGGACACUCGAGUUCUAUCUAAAAGGUUCGACUGUUAUGCCUCUGCACAAGGUAAUGCUCAUACGGCCAACUGCAAGCUGUUUAUUUAUUCGUCCUUGACUUAUUUAUUCAUUACAAGGAAUCACUUGCGGUUAGGAGACCAACAAUCUAAGCAAGAUCAGUGAUGUAUCAUCAUGUAAUACACCGGCAGCUGAGCUUCAAAGAAUUGUAACGAUAAUAGGCGAGUAUCUCUUCCAUUCAAUUUAUUGUGAGAAGGCGCGCAUACCGUGGUCCGGUAGGAUAUCAAAAGAC